GGGUUCCGUAUGGCUGUUACCAUGGAAACGACUUUACAAACUCAAGAAGGGUUUGCGUUUUUUCACUCGUGCGGCGGAUCAGAGUCAACUUCCACUUUUUGAGUGACCGAGGAAACUCGUUUUCUUCUUUCUUGGAGACAGAAAAAUGUCACAAAGGGCCUACAACGAUCUUUGGGUUGAUGCUCAGUUAGAGUUGAGUCGUCUUUUAGCAGAAGAGCAGCCCGCAGAGCCGCCUCCAGCUCAGAAAGACAGGGUGGUGUUCUUCCAGAGGCUGGCCAUGCUGUACGUCCGCUACAUCCAGAUCCUCAGGAAGCUGGAGAAAGCUUACGAUUUGAUAAUCCACCCUCAGAAGAGACGAGCGAUUCGGAAAGCCAUCGACAGUGUGAUGGGGAGGGUGGUGGAGCUGAAAAAUGAAAUGGUGGAGAAGGAGUUUUUAGAGUACCACUACAUGGAUGACAUCCUUCAUGACAUGAAGCUCACACCAGACAAACUUGAGAUCCCUUUACCUCAAUAUUUUCCUAAUGAUCACAGUAAAGAAGUUCAGGAGCGAAAAGCAAUGUUGAUGAAUAUCUUCAAGAUGGUGGAGGUCACUGAAAGCCUUGAACCAUUAACAGAAAAGGGGAUGACGCAAGAGGAGGCCAUCCGGGUCAUUCAAGUGGCAGAGAGGGCUCGACAGGGGCGGAUGAGGUCCAAGCUGUAUGAAGAAAGUAGAGAGGGAAGCUUGAGGAGCACGCAUGCGGGAACAGAGAGCACCGAGCCGGCCGCUAUCUGCAUUCAAAAGGUUUGGAGGGGCUACAUACAGAGGAAAAAGACCAAAAUUGAGCGGGUUAAAGAACUCAUAGCCUUAGGAAUGGUGAUGGAUCCGAAGUAUCUGGCUCCAAGCCCGGCAGAAGUGUCUCUCCGAGCUGCUGAGGCUUUCACCCGCGUAAAACAACAGGAACACGAAGCGGCCUACCAGAAGGCCGUCGUGGCCGUCACAAAUCAGCUGCGAGAGAUGGAGGGAAACAACAUGAGCAACACCCUGAAAAGCCAAGUCCGACAGUGGUUCUUCGAUAGCCGUAAUGCCACAGGGUCAUUUCCAGACUACCCGGAUGAGGAGGAUGGAGGCUCCGCCUUUAUCUUUGAUGAGAAGAGUCCUCAACAGGUGUUGGAAGAAAUUGUGGCAAAAGAAGAAGAAGAUUCCAGCAACAAACCCAGGGGGAAGGAGGAGCAGAAAGAAAAAAGAAAACCGGACAAGAAGAUGAUUGAUGAGCUAGAGGAGGCGGGACUUAAGAUGCAUCCAUCUGCUUUCCUGUCAGAUUUGGAAGCAGUGGACAAAAAUUUUAAUGAUUUCUGGAGAAGCCGUGAUGAAACAGAAAACCUCAGCCAGAAACAUGAUGUGGAGCUGAUCAAGGAGGAGAAGAGGAAGGUUGUUGAAGAGGAAAUCAGAGUACAGGUAGACGACCAGAUGAGACAGGAGCUGGCUGAGCUGAAGCUUUCUGUAGACAAGGAAAAGGGCAGCAAAACCAAAGCAAACACAAAGAAGAAGAAAGCCUCCAAGAGCGGAAAGAAAAAGAAAAAGGAAAAGGAUCUGACAGCUGAUAGAACUCUGGAAUCUCUGUGUCAGGAGUUGGUGGAACAGGGUUUACUGAAACAAGCAGACAAUGUCAGACUACAAGACUAUUUGGGUGAUUUUAAUUACCUCGGAACCACCCUGAGACAAAACGACAUUGAGCCCAUGCCGUCUUUGUCAGACGUACGCCAAGUUCUAUCUCUGUACGCCAUUCUACCUUUAGGCUCUCCGGUGGUUCAUGAGAAGGCUCCUUUGAUCAAAUCCAUCCUCCUGGUUGGACCUGAAGGUGUGGGCAAGAAGACGUUGGUCCACGCCGUGUGCCAGGAGACCGGCGCCACCCUGUUUGAUCUGUCCCCCCUGAACACGGCGGGAAAGUACCCGGGGAAGAGCGGCCUCACCAUGAUGAUUCAUGUAGUGUUUAAGGUUGCAAGACUUCUGCAGCCAUCAGUGAUAUGGAUUGGAGAUGCUGAGAAAAUGUUCUACAAGAAAGUUCCUAAGGAAGAAAAGGAGUUAGAUCCGAAGAGGUUAAAGAAAGAUUUGCCAAAGUCGCUCAAACUGAUUAAAGGAGAAGACCGAGUCCUGAUCAUCGGAACCACUGAAGACCCGAUAAGUGCCGAGAUCAAGUCAAUGUGUAAAAUGUACAACAAAAUCCUCCUCAUUCCACGACCAGACUACGGCUCCAGAUACAUCAUGUGGAAGGAACUGAUCAAUCAGAAAGGAGGAGAGAUAACCAAAGCUUUGGACCUCAGCGCGCUUGCAAAGAUCUCCGACGGCUACACUCCGGGUCACAUGAUCAAAGCAAUCCAGAGCGUGGUCACAGAGCGCCGCGUCCGGCAGCAGGGGCGCAGACCCCUCACCGCGGCUGAAUUCGUGGCCCCUUUAGCCAGGAUUGACCCGGUUUUCCAAGAACAGGAAGAGGCCCUGAAGAACUGGUACGCAAAAACACCGCUGGGAAGAAAAAGAAUUAAAGCUGCCACCGGAAAGGAAGAGGAACCGCCGCCAGAUAAAGGAAAAAGUGCAAAGAAAGGAGCAAAGAAGAAGACUUAGACAUGAAUUUAACAAUAUUUAAGUAUUUUUUACUGAGGUUGAGCCAUCAAAAGCCUAAUAAAAUAUCAAAUUCAUUAAAUUAAA